CAUAAAAAGCUGCAGGUCCAUUAUGAGUAUCUAAUCCACCUGAAUAUCUCACUGCAGUGCUUUUACAGUUUGAGGGUGGGUAAAGCUAUUUCUGCUGCUGAAAUGUGUGUGGCUUGGCAUAGGGAGAAUGAUUUUGAAUUACCCAUCAUCCUUAUUCAAGGUAUGCCAUUUAGCUGUAUUUGGUUUAUGUGUCUUCUUGUUUCUUGUGGAUUUUGCGACGAGCUUGCUAUGGAAUCAGUGCCUCUUGGUUUUGAAAUUUCUGGAUUUGAUACAAGUAGAACUUGGGUUUCUCAAAAUGGGGUCUUUGCAUUUGGGUUUUUCCAGUAUUUCCCUCAAAAUGGUGAUUUUGAUGGAUUUCUUGUGGGUAUUAGGUAUAAUUUGAGAGAUAAAACUACAAACUUGCCUGUAUGGGCUGUUGGUGGUGGUCUUAGAGUCUCUAGAAACUCUACUAUUAGGCUUUCAAUGGAUGGGAGACUGAUUUUGUUUGAAAACCCUAGUGGUUUAAUUGUUUGGAGUAGUAAUACUUUUGGUUUAGGUAUUAAAAAGGCUUCUCUUUUGCAUAAUGGCAACUUAGUUCUUAUGGGUAUUGGAGAUGAUGUGCUUUGGGAAAGUUUUAGUAGUCCAACAAGCACACUCCUUCCAGGCCAGUCUCUGCAUUUUCCUCAAACGUUAAUACCUCUUUCAACAAAAUCAACUUCUAGUUACUAUAAUUUUGUGAUUCGUAGCUCUGGAGAGCUUGCCCUUGUUUGGGAGGACAAUGUGACAUAUUGGAGAACUCGUUUGAGCUUUUCUGAUAAUAUUAUUAAGGAAGCAAGAUUUGAUGGCGAUGGUUUCUUGGGGCUUAUAGAUGCUAGAAACAAAACUGUUUGGUCUGUGUCAAGUAAUGAUUUCAAAGACCCUUCUGUUUCUUUGAGGCAUCUUAGUAUGGAUUCUGAUGGGAACUUGAGAAUAUAUUCGUGGGACUAUUUGCACCAUGAAUGGAAAAUAACAUGGCAAGCAGUUGGGAACCAAUGCGAUGUGUUUGGUUCUUGUGGUUUGUAUAGCGUAUGUAGAUUUAAUUCCACAAGACCUGUAUGUGAUUGUCUUUAUGAAGAUUCAUUAAAUUGGGGAAAUGCCCUUGCCACAGUGGAUUCAGGUAGUUUUGGUUGCAAGAAGAUGGUCGAUUUGAGCAACUGUGCUAUGAAUACAAGCAUAAUGAUUCUGAAGCAGUCGGUUCUAUAUGGUCUUUACCCACCUCAAGAUGUUAAUAUGCUGCUAAAUGAGGAAAAUUGCAAAGAAUACUGUUCUAAUGACAUUACCUGCACUGCAGCAACUUCAAAGAAUGAUGGUUCGGGUAUUUGUACGAUCAAGCGAACCAGCUUUAUUAGUGGGUACAUGAACCCUUCGAUUCCUGCCACUUCAUUCUUAAAACGAUGUAUGGUCCCUCAGGCUGUUUCAGCUCAACGGUCUAAUCCUGGUGAUGUUAACCCAAAAACACUUCCUACGUUAAAUUAUCGUGAAGACAACAACAAGAAAUUUAUAAUAGCUGUUGCUUUGACAGUUCUGGUAACAGUGUCAGGUUUUCUGACCAUUGAGAUGUUUGUGUUUUGGUUUAUGUACCACAAAGGGAAAAUUAAGGCUCAAACGAGAAUUCCCUUUAGCAAGGAUGCCCAAAUGAAUGCUCAUUACAGUGUUCUUGUCAGAUUAUCCUUCGAGGAGAUAAAAGAGCUAACUGCCAAUUUUGCUGAUCAACUGGGCCCCACUGUUUAUAAGGGUGUACUUCCCAACAAAAGGCUAGUUAUUGCUAAGAAGCUAAAUGAUUCAAGUGCAAAUGAGAAGGAUUUCCGAGUGGUAAUUUCUAACUUGGGUGGAAUGCACCACCGGAAUCUUGUUCCAUUGAAGGGCUUCUGUUUUGAGCCAAAUCACAGAUUUUUACUGUAUGAAUAUAUCGACAAUGGCUCCCUGGAUAAAUGGCUCUUCAACAUGAAGCAAGGCCAGGAUAAUGAGAACUGGAAACAGAGGAUUGAUAUAGCUCUUGGAAUUGCACGAGCCCUUGCUUAUUUGCACUUGGAGUGUCAUAUAAGCGUAGCUCAUGGGAACUUGAAGCUCGAAAAUGUCUUGCUUGAUGACAAGUUGAUCCCUAAGCUUACUGAUUUUGGACUUAGAAGCUUACUCCAAAAGGAGACAGCUUCCUCCUCAGAGUCACCAUCGGAGAAAGAUAUGUACAUGUUUGGGGAGAUGCUGUUACAAAUUGUGACAUGCAAGAGAGACAUUUUGAGCGAAAAUCUGCAACAUUUUGCUGAUAAGGUAAAUCAGAAACUAGACUUGGAUGAUAGGAUGGACUCCGAAGGAGUAGCAAGAGUAGUGAGGAUAGCUUUAUGGUGUAUGCAGAAUCAACCAUUUCUACGACCUUCCAUCGGGGAAGUUGUUAAGGUAUUAGAAGGUGCACUUUCUGUAGAUAGGCCUCCAUCGGGUUUUGGUUUUAAACAGGAUCUUCAGAUUGAUGAAGCUGUUGUUUUAACUGAGAUUGAAGUAGCCUCCUAAUCUUAAGUCAACUUUGAUAAAAAAAGAUGUACAAAUUUAACUAACUAUGUUCUCCAAGUCUAGUUUGCAGAGGCACUUGGGACAAUAUAUGGAUAGCAUCAUAUGUACUUACCAUUUCUAUUUCUGUUGUUUAAUAGUGAAAAGUUGUAAUGAAAAACAAGUUAAAACAUGUAAAAAUCAGUUUUUAUGUUUUUUAUUACACUAACCUUUUUAUGACGUUUA